AUGCUGGAGGAGGCCGAAGUGCGCGCGGGAAAGAUGAUGUGCCGAACAAACAGUACGCCGCCCCCGGGCAGCCCGGCCGGUUCGGAUAUCUCCGUCGGUUCGCCCAGCCCCCCACCGAUCGGGAGUGAGUCGGCGGUGCUCCCGCACCUCACCCAUCCGCACCCGCUCUCCGUGACGCACCUGGUGCAUGCGGCCGCCACCCACCACCCACUGGUGGUGCAUCCGGUGCAUCACCACCACCCACACCACCAACCGCCCCACCACCCGGCGCUGCAUGGCCGCGCCGAGGACUACUUCACCCCGCUGAAGCGGUUGCGGAUGGUGGACGGGACGAGUGCGAGCAGCACCGGCGGCAGCCCGACCGGAAGCCCGAAGGAGUCAACGAGCCGGGGCUCGAGUCCGCCCACCCCAAUCAGUGCGACGAACACGACGACCGGCUCCACUCACAGCACCACCACCACCACCGCUGGCAGCACCAACACAACCAAAGCCGUCGCCGGGGCUGCGACAGCGGCCGAAGGCGUCAAGUCCUUCUCGAUCGCCGACAUCCUGGGCCGCGAUGCGGACGCGACCGGGCGGGGCGAAACCGGGCGGGAAGCGAGCCCCCCGCCGGCCACGGCCAGCCUACACCAUCCGCACCACCCCCUUCACCUGUCACCGCACCAUCCGGCGGCUCACCUAGCGGCGGCGGCAGCGGCCGCGGCCCAUCACCAGCAGCACCACCACCUCCAGGCGGCCUCGAAGAUCGUGCGUCCUUGGGACCAUCUGCGGGGCCCCAUCCCGGUUCGGCCGUUCCUACCGCCCGCGCUGCUCCACUACGAGCAGCGGCUGGCGCUGGACUACCACCAGCAGUUGCAGGAGCACUUCCGGGUGCAGGCCCACUUCCUGCGGCACAUGAACAUGGACAUCAUCCCAUCCGAGAGUGGCUCGGAACGGUCGAGUUCGGCGGCCAGCGAUUGCUGCUCGCCGGAAAUCGGGCGCGGCUCCGAUCACCAGAGCCACCAAUCGUCGCAGUCCUCGUCAUCCGGCGUCGGCGGCAGCUCGGCGGUGACCGAUGCAGUCUCUGCCCGAAGUGGUGGCGCAGGUGGCACUGGCGGCGGCAAGUCCGGCAACGGGAAAACGGCUCCGAACGGCACCCCGCUCGACGCCCUGUUCCAGAUGACCAACAAAAACUUCGACGAGACCAGUGAAGAAAGUGAGCAAUCGCACCUGAACCUGUUCGCCAACCGGCCGCAGCCAAAGAAGAAAAGGAAAUCACGGACCGCGUUCACGAACCAUCAGAUUUUCGAGCUGGAAAAGCGGUUCCUCUACCAGAAGUACCUGUCGCCGUCGGACCGGGACGAGAUCGCGGCCGCCCUCGGACUCUCGAAUGCACAGGUCAUCACGUGGUUCCAGAACCGGCGGGCCAAGCUGAAGCGCGACAUGGAGGAGCUGAAAAAGGACGUCGAGACGGUGAAGGUGCUGUCCGCGCACAAAACCUUCCUGGAGAACGUGAACGAUAUGAACAUUCUGAAGAAGAAAAUCAUGCACGACGACGGCGGCAGCCCGCAGAAGUAA